UUCCAUCAGAUGCAGCAGUGGAGUCAAGUGCACAAGACUUAUCUGAGGACACGAUCUGGACGAAAGACUUCGACAAUGGAACAUCUUGCAUCUCAAAUUCUUGCAACAAUCGAAAGGCUGGGAGAGCACAUAUUGGAGCACCCUCUGAGUUUAACAGAUUUGGACCGGAUAAGCGACGGUGCAACAAAGUCUGCAAGCAGGGAAACGUUCAUUUUGGCUGAGCUGAUUGAAACGGAAAAGGCUUACGUGCGAGACCUGCGAGAGUGCAUUGAUACUUACAUGAGGGAGAUGUUGACCCAAGAGGAGGAGAUCCCUGCAGGACUCAACAAUAUGGAGGACGUCAUCUUCGGGAACUUGUUGGAGCUGUAUGAAUUCCAUCAUAAGAUCUUCCUCAAGGAACUGGAAAAACAUGAAAGCGUCCCUGAAGAUGUCGGAUGUUGCUUUGUCAAAUGGGCCGAGAAGUUCCAGUUAUAUGUGGACUACGGCAAGAAUAGUGACACGUCCACUCGGCUCAUCCUGGAGCAUACUGUCAACUAUUUUAAUAAAAUUCAGCGGAAGCACGGACUAGCAUUCUCGUUACAAUCUUUCCUGCUUAAGCCAAUACAGAGAAUGACAAAAUAUCCGCUCCUGUUAAAGAAUCUCCUCGAGUGCUGUGAAGAUGGGAAAGGAGUACUCAAGGAAGCCCUGGAGGUGACUCUCAGCAUUCUGAAGAGAACCAACGAUGCCAUUCAUUUCUCCGUUCUGGAAGGUUUUGAUGAGGGCGUUGAAUCCCAAGGUGAGCUGCUCCGACAGGAGUCGUUCAAAAUGUGGGAUUCAAAAUUGCCAUUUUGCAGGGGGAAGAAUAUACAACUCUUUCUCCUGAAAAAUUCCUUGCUGGUCUGCAAGGUGGUCAAGGAUCAGAAAGGCAUGACGAAAUAUAUAUACAAGAGAAAACUCAACCUAGCUGAUGUAAAGCUGACAGAAAAUCCUCAGGGAGACCCUGGCAAGUUUGUUCUUUGGGUGGGCCGUAACUUGAUGUAUAGCAAAAGAAUUGUUCUUAAGGCGUCAACUGUUCAAACCAAGCUGGACUGGAUCGAGCAUAUCCGGAAGCUAAACAAGGAGCACGCCCUCCACCUGCCGGGGACGCUCAAACAGCCGAUCGGUAUUCCUAAAGCCAUCACAGCAAAGCUCUACAAGAGGCAAAGGUGCAGGGCGUGAACUACAGUGGCUUCGAUGAUUCCAUCAAAGUGGCUCGGCGUCCUUUUUGUUGUUGUUUUUUGCAACAUUUGUGAAUAUAAUUUCUUGUACAUAUUGUAUAUAGUUAUGUAUUUGAUCAAAUAAAAUUUCAGCG